AUAUGUCACCCUUUCUUAUCACUCAGUGGACGCAGAGCGUCUCAGUUCCUGCGGUUUAGAUGGAACAUUUAAAGUUUUCUCACAGUGAACAAACUUAAAAUAGUUUUUAUUGGUAGGUUUUAUUUCUCCACAGCCAAACGUCUCAUGUUCCUGCGUGCACGUUUCAGAGUCGUCCCUCGUCCAUCUCUGCCCAGGCGUAAAGCCACUCUUCCUCUCUCUGACGUCAGAGAAGGACGAAGUGAUUUAGUUGAGCGAGGUCAUCUGAUGUCCGAGACUGGCCAGAGGCUGCUGGAGCCGUUCAGUCCCCACGCUGAACAGCUAAGCCUCUGACCUGACCAUGUACCCGUCCACGCUAACGCAGUUAGCUCGGGCCAAUCCCUUCCACUCCCCGUUAAUCUCCUUCCACCAGCGAGACGAAGGGAGACGCGCUCCCCACUCAAAGGGAGGCGCUCGCCGCAAACUCGCCGCAGCUUCUUACGAUGAGGCGGGUGUGAGCUGUGAGUACGGGUCCAACAAAUACUACGCCCUCUGUGGCUUUGGAGGCAUCCUGAGCUGUGGACUCACGCAUACGGCAGUCGUGCCCCUUGACCUGGUCAAAUGCCGCAUCCAGGUGAACCCAGACAAAUACAAGUCCAUCUUCAACGGCUUCUCCGUAACUCUGAGGGAGGACGGCUUCAGGGGCCUGGGCCGAGGCUGGGCCCCGACCUUCAUUGGCUACUCCAUGCAAGGCCUCUGCAAGUUUGGCUUCUACGAGCUCUUCAAGGCCUUUUAUAACGACAUGCUGGGAGAGGAGAACGCCUACCUGUGGAGGACGUCUGUUUACUUGGCCGCCUCUGCCAGCGCAGAGUUCUUCGCUGACAUUGCGCUGGCACCCAUGGAGGCGUGUAAAGUGCGUAUCCAGACGCAGCCGGGAUACGCCAGCACCCUGAGAGAGUGCGCCCCAAAGAUGUAUGCCGAGGAGGGACUGUGGGCCUUCUACAAAGGUGUUUACCCGCUGUGGCUGCGGCAGAUCCCCUACACCAUGAUGAAGUUCGCCUGCUUCGAGCGCACCGUGGAGAUGCUCUACAAGUACGUGGUGCCGAAGCCUCGCAGCGCCUGCUCCAAACCCGAGCAGCUCGUGGUCACCUUCGUAGCGGGCUACAUUGCUGGCGUGUUCUGUGCCGUGGUGUCUCACCCAGCUGACUCGGUGGUGUCUGUGCUGAACAAGGAGAAAGGCAGCUCGGCUGCACAGGUGCUUAAGAGACUGGGGCCCAAAGGUGUGUGGAAGGGGCUCUUUGCUCGUAUCAUCAUGAUCGGCACGCUGACCGCCCUGCAGUGGUUCAUCUACGAUUCGGUGAAGGUGUACUUCCGCCUGCCCCGCCCUCCACCACCAGAGAUGCCCGAGUCUCUAAAGAGGAAGAUGGCUCUGGCAAGCCAAUAGACCCCCGAACCUCCAACCUCUCCAUGAGCAGCUGUAGUCAGACCCAGUUUCCACAGAUGAAAAAAGGUCCACCAGAAUGUCAAGUGGCUCUCAAACCAGUCCUCAGGGUCCCCGAGACAUUUUUGCUCUAUCCCUGUGCGUUGCAAGUUGGGUUGGAGACAAUUUGAGGACCAUCUGGGGGUCUCUGAGGACCAGUUUAAGAACCACUGUCAUAAAAGAACCACUCUUAGCUCCCUAAGUCACCUGUCAGUGAGGGGAUCUUUAAAGAAACGCCUCAAAACCUUUAGAACCUCCACAUAAUGCAGUGGUUCUGUACCAGUUGAAUGUUUGUCCAAAUAAUUGUUCACCCAAGUCAAAAGCUGUUUAGAAACCUAUAUUUUUUUAAGCGUUUAUCAUUGCUGUCAUGGUCUUUGCAUCUCCAGAAUAAUAGCUUUACUGGAGAAGGAAAUGUUCUCAUUUGUAAUGCACAUUAAUGCAAUGGAAUUCCAAGAAAUCAAUCAAUUAAAUGCAGUUGGACUGUUUGAAAUAUGUUGAUGAAUUUUGGCAAAAUUGUUGAACGUACAUUCAGUUCUGGGUGUGGAGGUUCUGUCUGUGUGUAAAAGGCUGUACACUGAUGGAAUAUAUCACUGUUCUGUUAAAGUCAACCUUUAAUAUUAUAUUAAAAUGUGAGUCUCAACUUCA